AUGGUCCUGCCUGCAACACAGAGAGAGAACAACGCGGGGGAACAGCUGGGACGCCUCCCUGAGGGAAGGGGGAAGACACUGGGCUUCGAGCAGGUGUUGUCGAGGAGGAGGAAGAGCAGCCUCAAACCAUUGCCUUCUGUGCGAUGUUCUCAGCGACUCCAGGACAAACAAAACCUGGAGCUCAGCAGAGCCGAGGCCAAAGGAAACUCUCCCCCUCAGCGUGUGACACGAUCCCAGGCCGCAGCCUCUGUCAGGAGCUCCAAGGUGGUCUCUGAGACACCUCCUGCCCUGCAGGCAGUGGGGAAGGACCCCUGGGUGGCAGCUGAUCAGACUGGCACUGUGGUGCCCCUCCAGAGGAGCACAGCCAAGCCGGCAGAGCUGCUCCCCACGAGCUCAGGGGAUGGCUCUCCCGAGGAACGUGGCAUUCCCAAAUCCCUGCCGGUGCCCACAGCCCCGGAGCUGGUGGUUCCCUCUACUCCCGAGGCCAGUGAGGCUGUGUCUGAGCUGCAGGUAAAGGCAGCCAAUGUCACUAUCAACCUGAGCCCAAGGGUUGGGCUGGAGGAGGGGAAUGGCCCCACUUGGGAACACGACCGGGCUGAGGAGCCCUCCCAUCCCCUGAGGGACAACCCGGGGACUCCAACGGGCUCCCGGAGGAGCCGCCGCUCCGUGCGCCGGAGCCUGAUGGGUAAAACCUCCCUGAGCCGCAGAACCUCCCUGGCAGAGAAGUAUUCCCUGGCCAGCAAGAGGGAGAGCAUGGUCCGGAAAUCCAUCACCAGGGCAGCAAGCAAGAGGAAGAUGGCUCUGCAGGGAUCCAUGUCCUCCAGCUCUGUAGAGGCCUCCAGCUCUACAGACAUUCCAGAGGAGGAAGAAACUGUUGUCAAAGCUGGGCCUCCUCCUGGACCCUGCACCCCCUCCAAGGAUUCCCAAAGCCCACAGAUGUCCCUUUCCUCCCACACCAUCAGCAAACACGGGCAGCCACAGGAGCCAAGCAACAGUGAAAACAAGUUGAACAAGAGUGGGGAGACCCUGGACCCACCUCAGAGUGCAAGGAGGAAGCCGAGCUACAAGAGAGCCGUGGACGAGCGCUACGACCAGCAGCAGGCAGAGGAGGGAGGGCUGUCUCCUCCCAGGAAGAAGACCCCAUCCCCAGUCUUCCCAGCCAGCAAGGUCGUGCGCCCGUUCAAGACGUUCCUUCACACUGUACAGAAGAACCAGCUCCUGAUGACACCGAGCUCCGUGGGGAGGAAUGGAGUCAUAAAAUCCUUCAUCAGAUACAACACCCCUCUCCAGGCUGACCCUAAGGAAAAGGAGAGGCAGAAGCUGGAGGCUCUGCAGAAGAAGCAAGAAGCCGAGCAGCUGAGGAGGCAAAGACUGGAGGAAGAGAAGAAACGGCGACUAGAGGAAGCAAAGCUGAAGCGGGAGGAGCGCCUGCGCAAGGUGCUGCAGGCCCGGGAGCGGGCGGAGGAGAUGGAGAAGGCAAGGAAGAGGAAGAUCGAGCAGAAGAUAGCACUGUUUGACGAGAAGACCGAGAAGGUGAGGGAAGAAAGGCUGGCAGAGGAGAAGAUCAAGAAGAGAGUGGCUGCCAGGAAGAUGGAGGAAGCAGAGGCCCGGCGCAGACAAGAGGAGGAGGCCAGGAGACAAAAAGCUCUGCAGCAGGAGGAGGAGGAGGAGCGGCGGCACAGGGAGCUGCUGCAGAAGAGGAGGGAAGAGGAGCAGGAGCGUGCCCGGAAGAUCGCUGAGCAGAGGCAGGCCGAGCAGGAGCGGGAGAGACAGCUGGCUGCAGAGAGAGAACUGGAGAGGAAGAGGGAGCAGGAGCGGAUCCAGGCAGAAAAGCUCCGGGAGCAGCAGGAGAGGGCUGCCCGACUGCAGAAGGAAGUGCAGGCUGCUAAGGAGCGGCUCCGCAAGGAGAUGGAGAAGAAAGAGCGGGAGCAGCAGAUGCUGGCGGAGAGGAAGAGGCAGGAGGAAGAGCAGAAGAAAUUGUCAGAGGAACAAAAGGCCAAAGACAGUGCCCGGGCACCACUCCUGGAGAAUAAGGAGAAUUCCCCUGCCUGCACUUCAUACCAGAUGACUCCACAGAGCAGGAAAGAACCCAAGCCCGCCAUCACAAGCUCAAACGAUUAUGGGAUGGACCUGAACAGCGACGACUCGACGGACGAUGAGAGCGAGCCCCGCAAGCCCGUCCCUGCCUGGGCCACAGGGAAUCAGCUCAGCCAGGCUGUGAUCCGGCAGUACUACAACCCCCCUGACGUGGAUGCGCUGUUCGGGGCCAUCCCCAGCCCCAAGCUGGAGGACAUCUUCUACAAGAGCAAGCCCCGCUACUUCAAGCGCACCAGCUCGGCCGUGUGGCACUCGCCGCCCACCGUGGGGGCCAAGCCGGGCCUGGGGCUGCCCUGCGGCCUCAAGAAGCCCUGAGGUGAGCUCAGGUGUGCAGCAGGUAGGAUUUCCUGUCUCCAGGUGAGGAAGGAGUCACUGUUCACUUGAAAUAUUUAGGUUUUAGUGUGUAAUAAAUGGCAGCUCUUCCCGGGUUCCUGCGCCUUGGUUGGCGUGGUUGGUUUCUGUCAGGCCAAGCUACAAAGUGCUGCCUAGGGAAUUGCCUCUCUCUUACUCUCAGCUUGGAGCUGGCAUGGACUCGGACCUUUAGUGGGUGACGGACAUCACCUGAAGCUGUGGGAUCCCCCCCUCUCAGCGGAGCAGGCCUGGCAGUACCUGCCAGCAGUUGUACUUCCGUGCUGGCCUCGAGGCCAGUGACAAUCAGGGACCAUUGCACACACCUGGGCACAUCUGGCCUACUCCACUGCUCUUCUCAGGAAGGUGUUCCCAGGUGUUGCUCUUCAUCUCCUGCAAUCCCAAAAGGAUUUGUUACUCCCUUUCCCACCUGUGUGGUCGUGUCCAUCAGCCAGGCCGAGGCUGACAUUGGCACAGCUCAAGCUGGAACACACUGAGGGUCUCACCUUCCUUCAGCUGCAGAGAGACAUGACUCCAGAUGUGACUGUGUCCCCAAGGACCCCCAAGUGCUCUGGGCCUUGUUAGGAGAAACUGUGCAAAGGUUCUGGCAGUUUUGUUUCUCAUUGUAAUUCCACCUCUGUGGCCGGAUGGGAUUGAGAGGAUGUUUAACCCUAAUCCCUUGGCUGUGGUUCAGUAUCAGCUGGUUGUGUCUCUUGGCCUGUUUAGCACUUCCUGUUCAGUCAGUCACUGUCAAAUGGACUCUGGCCAACCCAAACCAAAAUUCCAGCUCAGCAUUCCCAUUCCCUGUAAAACCCACGUAAGGACUGUGCCCUGUGUGAGGGGCCCUCAGCCUGUCCACGUGCCCAUCUGUAUGUCUGUAUCCAAUGCUCUGUUCGCCAGCAAAUGUGCUCAAAACUAUGGGGGGUUUUAUAUGUAAAUAUGUUGGUGUCUGUGCUUCUGGGGCUGCCUUGUAAAUCCAGGUCUGGCUAUCGGUGUCUGUAUCCAUGAGGUGCUUUUGUGCUUCCAUGGCUGCUCUGUGGAUCCAGGUCUGUAUCUGCGUGACCACAACUUCUUGUCCAAAAGCUGCUGACCUGGCCAAAUGCUGUUGGAUAAAGU